UGCUGUGCAGGACAGGACAAGGUGACCGAGGGACCCCAGCGGGAGCUGGGGGGGGAGCGGAGCAUCAUGGCACACCCAAUCUCAGCCUUCCAGGCUGCCUACAUCUCCAUCGAGGUCCUCAUCGCCCUGGUGUCCGUGCCCGGGAAUAUCCUGGUGAUUUGGGCCGUGAAGAUGAACCAGGCGCUGCGGGAUGCCACCUUCUUCUUCAUCGUCUCGCUGGCGGUGGCCGACGUGGCGGUGGGGGCUCUGGUCAUCCCCCUGGCCAUCAUCAUCGACAUCGGACCCCAGACCGAGUUUUACAGCUGCCUGAUGGUAGCCUGUCCCGUCCUCAUCCUCACCGAGAGCUCCAUCCUGGCGCUCCUGGCCAUCGCCGUGGAUCGGUACCUGCGGGUGAAGAUCCCAGUCAGGUACAAGACGAUGGUGACUCCCCGGCGGGCAGCCGUGGCCAUCGCCUGCUGCUGGAUCGUCUCCUUCCUGGUGGGGCUCACCCCCAUGUUCGGCUGGAACAACCUGAACAAGAUGAGGAGGACUCAGGAGCCCAACGGCAGCCACACUCCCUUCGUCAUCAAGUGCCAGUUCGAGACGGUGAUCAGCAUGGAGUACAUGGUCUACUUCAACUUCUUCGUCUGGGUGCUGCCCCCCCUGCUGCUGAUGCUGCUCAUCUACCUGGAGGUCUUCAACCUCAUCCGCAAGCAGCUCAACAAGAAGGUCUCCUCCAGCGCCAGCGACCCCCAGAAGUACUACGGCAAGGAGCUGAAGAUCGCCAAGUCCUUGGCGCUGGUCCUCUUCCUCUUCGCCCUCAGCUGGCUGCCUCUGCACGUCCUCAACUGCAUCACCCUGUUCUGCCCCUCCUGCCAGACCCCUCACAUCCUCACCUCCAUCGCCAUCUUCCUCACCCACGGCAACUCGGCCAUGAACCCCAUCGUCUACGCCUUCAGGAUCAAGAAGUUCCGGACAGCCUUCCUGCACAUCUGGCACCAGUACCUCUGCUGCAAGAGCAGCGCCAAGAGCGGCGCCAGCGCCGCCCAGGAGGGCCACUAGCGGCCGGCAGCGGGCACGGAGGGCACAGGCGCGGCCCCCAGCCGGCUGCCCCUGCUGCCAGGGGGUCGGGGCGGCGAGGACCCCAGCUGGGCUGCCCCAGCCCCGUGCCAGGAGAGCAGCUGCGGCCCCUGCCUGCCCCAGGGGGUUAUUUAUUCAUGAGCAUCCCUCCUGGUGGCGUAGCCCUGCAGUGU